AUGGAUCUACAAAAAUCUCAAAUUGUGAAAUUAUUAGAAGAGUUUCAAGCAGAAGAACUUCAAAAUGUAUCCUAUAACCUAGGAUCUUUAAUUCAGAAUAACUUUUUUAAUUAUAAUAAAACAAACAGUUUGCUAUAUUUACUAGAACCACAGCCUGUGUCAAUUGAUCAGAAUAAUCAAAUAGUAAUUGAAGAUACCGAAUUUGAAGUGAUCACUGAUUCUGAUGAUUCUGGGCAACCAAUAACUAUUAAAAUUACAAAUGCUAUAACAGAUGUACAGGAUAUUCAAAAUGAUGAGUUAAGCAAUAUCUUAGCUAUUAUUAAACAGAUUCAAGAACCAGACUGUUUUAAUUAUGAAGUUCAACAAUAUACUUUCAAGAAGGCUGAGUAUUGUCGAGAUAUUAGCUUUGCCAAAAAAGGAGUUCAAGUUGCUCUAAAUACUAAUACUAUAAAUAAAUUUAUUGGCAUAAUGUAUAACUUUAUUGAAUUAAAGUCUAUUCAAAUUGACAAUUCAUUAGGAUUAGAUAUUAUUGGAUCAGUAACAAAUUCUUAUGUUAUUUUACAUCAUGGUAGACCGAAGAAGCAAUUGUCUAACUUUUUAAAAGUUGUAAACAGUUCGAAUUCUCAAAAAAUUAAUAAAUCUAAUAAAAUACUUAAUGAUUUUGAUCUUACAAACAAAGCUACAUAUAAGUGUUCUUAUCGUAAUAAGACUGGUUAUUAUGCUAAUACUUGUAAAUUAAAUCUAAAAAACAAAAAAAAGUAA